CUUCCCAAGCUCCAGCGACAUGGGCAGUCAUCACUCGGCGCCACUGACGCCAGCCGCGUUCGACUUUUACACCACGGGCGAGCAGGUCGCUACUGUUUUGGCCGCCGAGGUCCCGCAAAAGGUCGUGCUCAUCACGGGCGCCAACACGGGCCUCGGUCUCGAGACGGCACGGGUCCUCGCGGCCAAGGGCGCGACCGUCGUCAUCGCCUGCCGGACGCCCUCCAAAGGCGACGCGGCCGUCGCGUCGAUCCUCAGCGCGCAGCCCGACGCCAAAGUGUCGUUUCUGCCGCUGGACCUGGCGUCGCUGGCGUCGAUCAAGGCGUUUGCAGCUGCGUUCGAGGCCAAGCACGACGCACUGCACGUCCUCAUCAACAACGCCGGUGUCAUGGCGUGUCCCAAGGCGCCAACGACUAACGGGUUUGAGACGCAGUUUGGCGUCAACCACAUUGGCCAUUUCUACUUGACCAAACUCCUCUUGCCGACGCUGAUCAAGACGGGGACGCCGGCCGCGCCGGCCCGCGUGGUCAACCUCGCGUCGCUUGCACAGUAUCUCUUUGCGCCCGAGCAAGGGAUUCUAUUUGACGACCUCAACGGCGACAAGCACUACCACUCGUGGGAGCGCUAUGGCCACGCCAAGCUCGCCAACGUCCUUUUUGCCAAGGAGCUCAACAAGCGGUAUGCGAGCCAGAACGUCAUUUCCGUCUCGCUGCACCCGGGCUCGAUCCCGAGCUCGGAGCUCUCGCGCUUUGUGGGUCUCGGCAAUGCUCUGCGCGCAAUCUCGGGGCUGCGCGCGGGCACGAUGCGCCGGCUUUUCUGUGAGAGUUUCAAGUCGAUCCCGCAGGGCGUGGCAACCACGGUCGCGACGGCCCUCCGCCCCGACGUUGUGCCGGGCGCCUACUACUUGGACUGCCAAGUCAGCGACGAACUCCACCCGAAAGCGACCGACGCUGACCUCGCGGCCAAGCUCUGGGACGUUAGCGAGUCGCUCGUGAACGAGGUAGUGGCCAAGCUGCCCUAGUUUGUGCCUACUAACGCUCUUUUGAUGUUGACUUUUCUCUUACUUGUUGUUGGCUCUUAUAGCACUAACAAGGUGGAAGGGAAACAAUAAAUUCAAGUAUAUUCUGCACACGAC